GGAAACCUAUGGUACCUUAGUUAGUUAGCUACCGGCUGUGCGUGCAACUCAAUUUCUAAAUUAUAUUCGUUGAAUAUUCUUUCCUUACAUAAUUUGAUACGUAUUUUUUUCAUAGUGCUUUUCGUAUUAAACAUAUCGAUAGAGCAACUUGGUCAUUUCAAAAUUUCUACUACUCGUUCUACAUAUCUUGAAUUAAUUAAAGGCCUGGCUAGAGGCCACCCUGUGUAUAUAUACAUAUACAAAAACCUUGAACAUAAUAUCUGUUCUUUCGGAGUGAUUAAGAAUGGCUACCAGCAGUGCCUACGUUAAUGCAUUAUUCCCAGUUAAUUCUUCAGUCCAAAAGCCGUUAGUUUCCUGCAAAAGUAAUCAUGUGAUCAAGGCUUCACUCUCUUCUUCGAUUAAGCCAUAUCUGAAGGAGCUGCCACGGAUCCCAAAUUCAGUAGUACAGGAUGUUCCAAAGCUGUUGAAGGAGGCUUCAAUCAAGUUAGUGGAUACAAUUGUUGACUUGACCACUGAAUUUACUGACCAGAAUAUUCUUCCGUCUCAGAGUAACUUCGCUCCAGUGGAAGAAAUAGGAGAAGCUAUUUCGGUGACUGCCAUUGAAGGAUGCAUUCCAGAUGAUUUCCCGGAAGGUGUUUAUAUACGAAACGGCCCAAACCCUCCAUUUGGGUCACUAAGAUCUUCAAAAUCGAUGUUGGGAAUCACAAAUGAAAUGUGGGUAGAAGGUGAGGGAAUGGUUCAUUCCUUGCACUUCAAGAAAGAUGAAACCGGGGUAUGGAUAACGACCUACAAUAACAAGUACAUACAAACUGACACUUUAAAACUAGAGAUGGAAAGAAACAAACCAGCAUUCCUUCCUUCCACUGAAGGGGACUCGCCCGCUGUUAUCGCUGCAACUCUGUUUAAUAUGUUGAGAUUUGGCCGUGCUAAUAAACAGCUAAGCAAUACCAGUGUGUUUGAACAAGGGGGAAGGUAUUAUUCAAGUGCUGAGAAUCAUAUGCCUCAUGAGAUUGAUAUCGUAACGCUAAAAACUUUAGGAAAUUGGGAUAUGGUAAGUAGAGCAUGGAAUCGGCCUUUUACCAGUCAUCCAAAGAAAGCAGUUGGUACGGGCGAGCUGGUGACCGUCGGAAUUGAUGCUGUAAAACCUUACUUUGUUUUGGGAGUCAUCUCAGCUGAUGGGGAGAAACUGGUACAUAAAGUGGAUUUGAAAUACGACAGAUGCAGCGUUUGUCAUGAAAUUGGGAUUACUCAGAGGUACAAUGUCAUUUUGGACUUUCCUCUAACACUUGAUAUCUCCAGACUCAUGAGGGGAGGCCCAAUUUUCAAGUAUGAUAGCAAUGGAUUUGCAAGAAUCGGAGUAAUGCCUCGAUAUGGAGAUGCUGAUUCCGUCAAGUGGUUUGAGGUUGAACCAUGCAGUGUAUUUCAUCUUGUAAAUUGUUAUGAGGAUGGACAUGAGGUUGUGGUCAUAGGAUGUAAAGCUCGUGCGACUAUCAUACCAGGACCUGAUUUUGGACGCAACAAAUAUCAAUGGUUUUCAAGAGGUUUCAAACCCUUAAAUCUUGUGAAUGAAAACGAAGAAAACUCACAUGAUGGAUCAUUGUUUACUCGUGUUCAUGAAUGGAGGUUGAAUAUGAUCACUGGAGAAGUUAAGGCCAUGAAUCUAACUGGAGAUGACUUCUCCAUGGAUUUCCCUUUUAUCAACGAAGGUUUCACAGGUGUCAAAAACAAAUAUGGUUAUACCCAAGUUAUUGAUUCUACUGCUAGCUCCACUGCAGGAAUUUCCAAAUAUGGAGGCCUUGCAAAACUUCAUCUUGAUGAAAGAGAAGCUCGAGUUCCUUAUGGGAAACAAACAAGUGUGGAAGUUGAGUAUCACAAAUUACCAGAGAAUACAUUUUGCACUGGAGCUGCUUUUGUGCCUAAGUUUGGAGGGCUUGAAGAAGAUGAUGGCUGGAUCAUUUCCUUCGUACACAAUGAAGUCACCAACGCAUCGCAGGCUUACAUUGUUGACGCAAAGAAGUUUUCAAGUGAAGCUGUGGCCAAAAUUGAUAUACCGAAAAGAGUUCCAUAUGGAUUCCAUGGAGCAUUUAUGGCACUCAACUCCAAGAAGGCAACUAAGGAUUAG